AUUUCCCGCAAAGUUCUUGGCUCUGUGCUAGUCGACAAAAGCGCCACCUAUUACUUUUUCAGUAUUGUUUGCCAACAUCUCAAAGAUGGCGUAGUAGUGAAUGAAAAUUUCUUUUAUGAUAAGUUUUGUUGACCAACUACUACUCUCCCAUUUCGUUUUUCUUUUAAUUUAUUUAUCGUUCCGUGCAUACCCAAUGUGUUAAUCAAAGCUUAGUAAAAUAACUUAAGUAUGGCCAGUGACUUUGACGAAUUUGCAGCAAGGCUAACUGCUGCUGAUCCGGUAGAAGUCCAAGUUGCAGGUCCCUCACUUGAACAACGUAACCAAAGAGCAAGUGUUAUUGUUGUCCAAACUGCCUCUACGGAAAAUAGAAUUGGCUCAGUGGAAUCGGACGUGACCAAUGAGGUUCAUACGGAUCAGGAUAGUCGGCAGAGUUUAACAGAGAAUAAUGGACCAUUGUCUCCCAUAUUGAUUACAAGUAGACGCCGCAGAGCUAGAGAUGAAGAUAAUGAGGAGGAGGAAAUGGAAGAGGCUGGACCCCCUUUAAGAAAAGCUAAAUCAGAUGCUGAAGGAGGUUUCCUUUUAGAAAAAAAAGACAAAUCUAUAGUUGAAGAUGAAGAAGAUGGUCAAGUUUGCCCAGUUUGUUUUGAUGUUUGGAGCAAUUCUGGAUCUCACAGAGUUGUCUCUUUAAAAUGUGGACAUUUGUUUGGCCAAGCUUGCAUAGAACGCUGGGUUCACUCUGGUGGUAAGGGAGCCAGGUGUCCCCAGUGCAAUGAAUCAGCUCAAAAGAAGGAUAUUAGACCUAUUUAUGUUAGAAAUUUAAAGGCAAUAGAUACCACAGAAAGAGACAGGGCCUUGGCAGCGCUGGAGCACGAAAAAGAAAAUCGACGUAGGCUAGAAUUAGAAUACCACAAACUUCAGAUUCAAAUGACAGCCAAAGAGCAAGAUAUAUUACGAUUGCAACACGAACUCCAGCAAUGUCGGGCAGCCCUGUCAGGGGCCUGUUUAGCAGCCAGCGGCCAGGGUGCUGAGUUACCUUUAGCAGGGGCAGGUCCUCUAUUUGGGUCUCAGCCUCCUGGAAUCUUAGGCCGCCGUCUAGUUCUUGAUUCUACAUUAGAACUGUGUAAAGAAGGUCAAUGCCGCGUCAUGUCCUAUAGCGAGCAUUUAACACUACUAGUAGUGUCUUAUGCUGGAACAAACUCGCAUUUGACGGGCACUGGUGUCAAGAAAGUGAACGCUUUGGGAGGAUUUCGUACCGUUGGCUACAUUGCCGUUCACAGGAAACCCAUCCGCGACAUGGCUUUCCACUUGGAACAAAACGAUCUGCUUUUAACAGUUUCGUUAGAUAAAACGGCCAAGCUGGUAAACGUCCAUAGUGACAUUGCAGUUACUUCGUAUUCCUGCGAUUCGCCUCUUUGGAGUUGCGCUUGGAAUGCCGACAAUAAAUACCAGUUUUUCGUUGGAACGGGUACUGGAAAAGUCUUGCUCUAUGAUACCAGAAAGCCCGGUGAUGCAGUUGACUGCUGGUCGGAGCCAAGUAGUAUGUCACCUGUCACAGGCCUUGCGUACCUUCCGUUCAGUCCGGUGACUACUUUCCCAAGAGGCGGGCUCUUCGUUCAACGUCUACAGUCGUGCGUCUUUCACGAGUCACGAACAGACGGCUUUGUUGCACAUCCGCUGCCUUUGGAUGGAUCGUUUACGUCGCUUUGCGUUGAACCAGAAACACGCCAUUUUCUUGCGUCUUCCAGGCCCAGCAACGCUCAUCCGCAGGCUCGCCAUACUGUCUGUGCUCCUUCGUGGACCAUUCUGGGCAGCGAUUCGUCCAAUGGUAUUUGCAGUAGUCAUGCCAUUACGACUAUUCAAGCUGGAACACAACAAAAGUUGCUUUCGCGUUCGUGCCUCCUUACUGCUCCAGGCUCCACUGAAGGUAAGCAGUUAAUAGUGGCUGCCCAUCAGGAGGCUGCACAGUGUAUUUCGCUGUGGGAUGUUAACUCGUCAGCAGUGCUUCAAAAACUGCCCUGUUCAGAUCCUGUUCUGGAUCUCCUUCCUAUCCGCGUUAAUGGCGUCCAUUUUGUUGCCGCCUUGUCCGAAAAGAAUGCACGUUUCUACAAGUGGACAUGAUCGAGGAAAGCUUUCACUUUUUCAGUAAUUAUCAUACACCACUGUGGUCAUUUCAUACCAAAACUCAGAUUUGUACAAAAAUUUUGUAAAUAUGAACACGUCCAAUCGG